UCCAAAAGUGGUCAGACUGAUUUCAGUGGUACUAUGCUGGACUAAAGCUGGAGUAAAUGGUUUCAAUACUGCUAUCAUUGAUCCCUUUCACUGCUUUUGGAAAUCAUAUUCAUCACUUGAAUUCAGCACUGAUGUUACAAAUUAUUUCAAAAACUUGAUAUCACAAUAAGGGGCAGUGAAGGAAUUGCAGUAGAUCAUCAAUUUCACAUUCAGUUUUAAAUGUUGCCUCGUAUGGUGCACACAUACACACACCAAGCGGAUAUAUACUUGAACCUGCCCUCUGAAAAGAGAUAUAAUAAUGUGCCUGGAAUGGUUUCUUGCUGACACUGGUUUGCCACAGAUGCCGUUGGACAGCAAUAACUCGGGCAGCCAUGUUGGGAACAAGGUGGCUGGAAAGAAAUGGCAUCCAGAAGGUGUCAAAGCAAACCUGCCAUAUAUCUCCUGGGAGAGGCUGUGUUUUCAGAAGGAGCCCCAACCAAGAUACUGCACCCAGCAGUAUAACCAGGACAAACAUUAACAUGGCCAGCAUGGCUAUUCAGUUACUGGGCUUCUUCCUGAGUCUUCUCGGUCUUGCUGGGACAAUAACUGCGACCAUCCUGCCUCACUGGUGGAGAACGGCCCACGUGGGGACCAACAUCAUCACGGCUGUAGCGUACAUGAAGGGUCUCUGGAUGGAAUGCGUUUGGCACAGCACUGGCAUCUAUCAGUGCCAGCUUCACCACUCUCCGCUGGCCUUGCCUCGUGACCUCCAAGCAGCCCGUGCUAUGAUGGUGAUUUCCUGUGUUCUUUCUGCCUUGGCCUGUGUGGUUGCUGUUUUUGGCAUGGAGUGCACCCGGUGUGUCAAAGGGUCCUCUGCCAAAAACGUGUUUGCUGUCUUGGGCGGAGUCCUUUUCAUACUGGCAGGGCUCGUGUGCCUCGUCCCUGUUUCUUGGUCAACCAGUGAUGUGGUAACUGAUUUCUACAACCCAAUGCUGCCCAAUGGGAUGAAGUAUGAGAUUGGGCAAGCCCUUUACCUUGGCUUUGUAUGUGCUUCAUUGAGUAUCAUUGGUGGAACUAUCCUCUGUGUUUCAUGUCAACGUACUGGGAACGAUUUAACCUACCGCUCGCAGCCGAGGAGUACAAGGGCAGCUCCAGCCUACAGACCCCCAGUGGCCUACAAGGCAAACCACACCUCAUCAUUAACUUCUGCUUCUCACAGUGGUUACAGAUUAAAUGACUAUGUGUAAGUUCUCUGGGAUCUACUUUUAUAAUCUCAGUAUGUGGGGUGUUUUCAAGGUGGUAUUAUUAAUGUACAGUCAUUUUCAUACAAUGUUUACCUCUGCUUUGCUGUUCAUGUAAAGAAUAUGUGUAAUUUUUU